GCUUGUGGAACAGCCCAACAUGACGUCAUGGAUGAUCUUCCAUCGAAGCCUGUAUACAUGUCACAUGAUGUGAGCUCAAGUUCUUGUUUUCUUUCUCACCAACGUGAGUAUGCGGCGUAUUGAGUCGUUGUUGUCUUUUUUCGUCAAAGAUUUCUUUCUUACUCGGGUCGCACACUGUCGUCUAUUCCGAGAGCUGGACUAACAUCUGAAGACUGAACGCCUGUCACAAAAGCGGCACUGACCAGAAGAUGACGAAGAAGGGACAACAUUUUCGCUCCCUACGCCACAGUGUUUUCACAGCCCGAGUCAAACAGGCCUGCCUGCUCUUAACCAUCGGCUGUAACGUCGUUGUUCUACUCUGCCUACUAAUGCUGGAACUGGAGACAUAUUACGGAGACUUCACCGUCUUAAGAAGCCUUGGAGAAAGCCGUCCCGUAGAGAGACAGAGCACAGUCUGGUUCCUAGAUGCACAACAGUCCACCGCAACUCCCAUCAUGCAACCGCCAACACUGAGAUACGUCAUCAUCCGGGACAUUCCAGUCCUACUGACAAGCAGUCACGUGACCUUCAGCGAAUACGAGCGCCUCAGACGAUACCUUCCACCCUAUGGCUGGGCCAAUGUUUCAUUUGAAGAUGUUGUGUCUGCUGCAAGACAUUUGAACGGCACGCUUCAUCGGUCGUUAUUCAAUGAGUCGCAAGGAGGCGCGCCUGUGCGGUGUGCUGUGGUGGGAAACGGCGGGAUUCUGAGGGGAUCUGGGAAAGGGGAAGAGAUAGACGCGCAUGACUUCAUCUUCAGAGUGAAUGCCGCUAUAGUGAAGGGUUUUGAGGCGGAUGUCGGCAGCCGGACGUCCUUUUACUUCCACACCGCCACGACUCUGCAGAACUCCCUCCGCAGCGCCAAGAAGUACGGCUUCGUGCACGUGCCAAACACCACGGAGACGGUUUAUGUCGACAUCCCUACCUUCGAGAGGGAUUACUUGUUUGUUGACGCCGUGUUGUCAUGGAAACCGGUACAGAGAGGAAAAGACGCCGGCAAAUCACCGCCAGGGGUGUUCGGGCACAGACCGGAGGCAAGCCGGUUUAGAAUGCUCCAUCCGGACUUCCUGUCCUACCUGAAAUACGGGUGGCUGAACUCCACGCGUGGUUACGGACGCUUCGAGGCCAUCUACCGGCCGUCCACGGGCGCCGUGGCCCUCCUCACGGCUGUGCACGUCUGCGACGUCACCGACGCGUACGGCUUCAUCACGAAGACGUGGCGGAACUACACCAACCACUACUACGAGAGCACCUUCAAAAAAUUCACGUUUUUCGCGAACCAUGAUUUUAACUUGGAGAUCAAGCUGUGGGAUGACUUAGACAGAGCGGGAAUCAUGAAUCUAUACAGGGGAAAUAUAACGGGAGGGUAGAUUAAUGCCACACUGAAUUUUAUGGAUGACAUCCUCUGUAGACCCCAAAACUAAUGCGCGAGGGCAAAAAAAGAGAGAGAAAUCCCGCCCAAAGAUCUGUUAAACCACAGGACUGAAAAUCCAGUACAUUCUUUUCCAGGUUUGGUUUAUCUUAUGUUCAGGUCCACUAAGACUGUGGUGAUGAGACACAGUCGUCGCCAUUUCAAUAACGUUUUAUUGUCAUUAUUGUUAGAAGAGGGAACAAGGGACUGUGGCCCUGGCACGUCUUCAGGAACAAAGACGAACUUGCAAGCGAAGUCAUACUGUGUGUGGAAACCAACACACGAAUAAACACAUGCUGGGGGAGCCCUACAGACUUACGUAGACCAACUUCCUCGGGAAGGAGCGUUAAGGACCUAAAGAAGGCUACAGAAAUGCCUGAAAAGAUGACAAGGUUACACUAUACAAAAUCUCUGACUAAUCAUCAAUAAAAACUUAUCGUUUUA